AUGGCACCACCCGAACACCAGUUCCCCGUUAGCGAACUCGAGCAGCGCGUGCAUUUUGUCACGAAGAAUUUCAAGGAGAAGAGCAGGAAGCUACCGAAGGACUUUGAUCUGAAAAAGGAUUGCGAGUUGUACGAGCUCGUGCAGUACAGCUGCACGACCGGCAAGCAGUUGCGCGAUCAGGAGCUUGCAAACCCGAACCGUAAGAAAGCUGGUAUUGAGUGCCAUCCUUUUGUGCGGCUGUUCAGACGGUGUGGCAAAGGCGACGAGAUGUUUCACGUUGAGACUACGGCAUGGGAAGGCCAAUAUGCAUGGAAGCCGAAGAGAGUGCUCGAAGAAGACGUCGGGACCACCGAAACUACAAGCACACGCGAUCGUGCCGAUCAGGAAGGAAAAUGGUUCUGGUCCAAGAAGUGA